AUGGCGGCCUUACUUACAUCUGCUAGAUACACUCCCUUAGCCAAGUCACAUAACAAUGCGAUCAGAGAUCUCCUCUCUCGACAUAUCAAGCUGAAGCAACACUCUCGAAAUGGGCUGCCGUUCAAUGAAUCAGUGUCUCAAGAAGUUACGACGUCCUAUGCAGAGAUAGGAGCUCCGGAAAGUCCAGAUUUCGUUGUCGAUCCUGACCUAUUUCGUCAAGACAUGCUACCUUCGAUCCUCUUUGAUUUCGACAACUUCAAUCCCCCUGCCUUUGCUCGGCCACAUGUUCAGUCCCCAAGUGAUCACAUCCUUCCACGCUUCAGUACACGUUUGCCGAUAUUGGAUGACGCGAAUUACGAAGUCAAACCUUGCGACGAACCUAGUGGAAUGUUCAAGGACGCCGUUGGCGUCAUCCCUUGGGCUUUUUCCGAUUCUGUCUACGAAGGAUUCUGUCUUGAAGUCGAGUCCUUCUCCGCCGUUCUCCCGACCGACUGGGAAUUGCCGUCUCGGAAUUCUCUAAGCAGGAAUCUCGAAUCCUACUUCCGUUGUGUUCAAGAGAGCCUUCCUUUCAUUCAUUCUGCGACUUUCUCAGUUGCCAAAACUGACGUCGAACUACUUCUCGCCGCUGCUGCUUUGGGUGCCUUGAACAGAUUUGAGAAUCACUGCUCUUACAUUUUGUAUUUUAUGUCAAAAGCCAUCCUCGCGGAGAAAAUGCGCUUUCAGGACUUCGAUUCGCUUGACCAGUCCGUUGCAGGCCGCCGAAAUGGCAUUGGGAAGAUUCAAACACUGAACCUUCUCGUUUCUUAUGCAUCUUGGGCAGGCAAAGAUGUCUUGCAAGAUGGAUUGGCCCUGGCCACGCAGCUUAGCACGCUCGUGAGACGGCACGGGUUGUCUGAGGACGAAUAUACAUCAUCUUUUGGCAUUCAGAUCCCCGACAAUGAGUCAAGGGAUCAACUGUGGUGCAAAUGGGUGGCGGCUGAAGAGCGAAGAAGGACUUUGCUCUGUGCUUAUGUGCUUCUCAGCUUGCAGAACAUUGCCUACAACACUCCGCCACAGCUUCUCAAUGAGGAGAUUGCAACUCUGCUUCCAAGCUGUGUGGACUCGUGGAAGAAAACGACUGCAGAAGCAUUGCAUCAUCCUGCCUUACAUCACCGUCAAUAUUAUUUCAAAGAGGCGCUUUCCCUGCUAUCUCGGGGGAUUGUCGUCCCAGUAUCCUCCUUCGCUAACUACGUGCUCAUUCUCGGCCUUCUUCAGCAGAUCAUUCUUGCUCAUUCUGAAGCGAGAGGGUCUUCGAUCCCGCACGGAACUCUCGAGAAGUUUGAGCAUGCGCUACGCACAUGGCAAUUAUCCUGGGAGUGUACUUACGAAGCCACGCUUGAUCCUUUGUCGGAAAAAGGCCCUCUUGGACUAAAUGCCACCGCCCUACUUCGACUGGCGUACAUUAGAUUGAAUUCAAAUAUGGGCUCUUGGAAGGCACUCUCAUCGAGGGAUCCAGGAGAUCUUGGUAUUGAGAAGAUGUCCUUGGAGAGAACUCCGCAGGUCGACCGGGCUGUUCUUCAUGCGGCGCACGCGUUGAGCAUACCGGUCCGGCUGGGUAUUGGGCUAGUCACCCAUACGCGAUUAUCUUUUCGAAGCAUCGAGCAUUCGUUAAGUAGCCUCGAGUGCGUCUGGUUGCUGAAGGGCUGGCUUGACAUGAUAUCGUCAGUCGUCGACCAAUGUGGUCUCGAAGGAUUGCGGAACACCGAACGCAGGCUCUUGGAUAUCAUCACCGGCGUUAUCGGAGAAACAUCAUUUGCGGAAACACUAAACACGCCGCAAGAUGAAUCGUCCCGCUAUCAUCGAAUGGCAAUAAUUACGGUGCAACUCUGGGCUCAGAUAUUCCAGGGGGUUCAUGUCCUUGAAAUUGACAAGUUCAUUGGCUCGGGCCUUCAACUUCUGGCAGAUACUAUCUGA